UAACGUGCACCUAAAUCUAAGUACACGGGUGUUUUCGCAUCUCGCCCCCAUCGAAAUGCGGCCGCCGUGGCCGGGAUUCGAUCCCGCGACCUCGUGCUCAGCAGCCCAACACCACAGCCACUGAGCAACCACGGCGGGUUGCUUGAACGAUGCACUCGAUAACUAGAAUAAUGCUGUAACAACUGUUUGGGACCAAAACAAUGUGUAAAAGUGAGCUGUACUCACAGAUUGGAAAUGUUGAAAAUUCUUGUACAUCCAAACCAAAAUCUGCGCAUGGCAUUGGUCUCCUUCUCGGCUCAGUACAUCUCUAUCACUGCCUACAUGCUAAUGCACAGUGGAGGCUACAAUGCAGAACUUUUCACCAGAAAUGCAGCACAAGCACAUCCAAGCAGGCACAGGCGGUAAACUUGUCGAAAACACCACCUAAGACAGUCGACGAUGCAUGACCAUACUGCAAAUCAAGAUCAAAGAGAGAGCUCACUACAUGGUUUCUAGUUGCAUAUUCAAUUUUUCAUUGCAUAUAGCAUGAGAAGCAGUUAUAAACAAUUUGCAAGAGCUAGUAGUGCGUUAUAAGGACGGUUUGUAUUGAAAUACGCCAGCGCAGCGCCUCCUCUCACUAGCAGACAACAGAAAAUGUUCAUCCCUCAGCACUGUCUUCUGUUGGUAAAGGGAGGAAGCCUGAACAGAAAUUUAGUCUGCUCACUCUGCAGGCAGGUGAUGCAGUUGAGACCUGUCUAUUCUUCCACCGUGGUUUUAGCCAUGUGGUCUUCUUGCAUGUAAUCGUUCGUUGACAGUAAUUGAAUGAUCUGUAUUCAUUAUGAAUUGACUGUCUGUUUUCAAGCAAUAUAUAUGUUUGAGCUUUGCGAUUGUAAUUCUUGUUUAUAUGUUUGCUGCUUGCUUGCGCUUAUAUAGAAUAGCCUUCAUUGUAAUUCUUUCUUAAAAAGGCAAUCCUUCUUUCUCCUAAUACCACUAUAUUUUGCAGUUGAUUGUGUUGGGUGCUGCAGAAAAGUUGAGUGAGAGCACUUCUAAGUUCAUUUAUUUCUGCCACUGAAUUCACUUUUAAUGAGGUUUUAUGAGGACUCAUCAUUAGCAGUAGCAUCUGUGCGUUCUGAUUUUGGCAUUAAGUGCAGUUCGGUUUUCAUUGUGCAGGGUCAAAGCAUUCAUCCUGUGCAGCAACUUCCGAGGAUGACAAGUCGCAGCAAGGACGCCUCCACCACUGUGAUCACUGCGACUAUAAAACUAGAAAACCAUCUGAUAUGAGAGCACAUGUUAGGGUCCACACAGGUGAGAAGCCAUUCCAGUGCCCUUCAUGCUCUCUGAGCUUCUCAAAAAAGGGCACUCUUCAGACGCACCUGCGUGUCCACACAGGCGAGCGUCCCUUUCGAUGCCAUUUGUGCCCUCAGAGCUUCUCACAUAGAAAUGCUUUAAAAGGUCAUUUGCGCAUCCACUCAGGCGAGCGGCCAUAUCAGUGCCCCUCAUGCUCUCGAAGUUUUGUGGAUAGGAGCCAUCUGAAUAUUCACCUACGCAUCCACUCAGGCGAGCGGCCAUAUCAGUGCCCUUCGUGCUCUCGGACUUUUGUGGAUAGCAGCCAUCUGAAUGUUCACCUACGCAUCCACUCAGGCGAGCGACCAUACCGCUGUGCCAUCUGCCACAAGUCCUUUGUGCGAGGUAAUGACUUGAAUAGACAUAUGAAAACACAGCACCAUGACAGCCCUGAAGCCCUCCAGCUGGGGCAGGCUGAGGUGUGCCUGUCCCUAUUGGUGGAGCAAAAAGGGUCAGAGCAAUCAUCCUGUUCAACUACUGAGGAUGGCAAGUUGCCACGAGGAAGCCUCCACCACUGUGAUCGCUGUGACUAUAAAACUAGAAAACCUUCCGAUAUGAGAGCACACAUCAGGGCCCACACAGGUGAGAAGCCAUUCCAGUGCCCUUCAUGCUCCAUGCGCUUCUCGAAAAAGUACACUCUUCAGACACACCUGCGUGUCCACACAGGCGAGCGCCCCUUUCAAUGCAAUUUGUGCCACCAGAGCUUCUCACACAGAAACGCUCUACAAGGUCAUUUGCGCAUCCACUCUGGCGAGCGGCCAUAUCAGUGCCCCUCGUGCUCUCGGACUUUUGUGAAUAGGGGCCAACUGACUCUUCACCUACGCAUCCACUCAGGCGAGCGGCCAUAUCAGUGCCCCUCAUGCUCUCGGACUUUUGCGGAUAGCAGCCAUCUGAAUGUUCACAUACGUGUCCACUCAGGCGAGCGACCAUACCGCUGCACCAUCUGCUCCAAGUCCUUUGUGCGGGGUAAUGACUUAAAUAGACACAUGAGAACACAGCACCAUGAUAGCCCUGAAUAAGUAGCCCGAAUCACUAACCUUGUAGGUGUGCAUUACGUAUUAGGCGGGGUCUAAAAUUACGAAUCUAUGUACCUGCGCAGUAUGCUGCAUGGCAUUGUGGUGCAUCAGGAAGUAAGUGUUGAUAUGUUAUGUUAAACUGCCAGGCGACUUCACAAGAUGUUUCGGCAUAAUCUAGCGUUGCAGGGACAGUGUGCUGACACUGCUUUCAUUACACUAACCAUAUUCUUGCACUAUCCUUUCAUGUGCAGGCAUGACAAACUGAAAAGCACUCAUUCCUCAAUUUUGCAUUCAAAAUACUACUGUUUGCAUUGAUGUAGUCAGGAUAAAUUCUGAAUGUUAGGCCAGUCUUCAGGACUUGUUGGUCUCCUCCAAGUAUGCUGCUGCCUAAAUGAACAUUCUUGUUAGGUGAAUGACCCCUGACCCGAUUUGAACACUACCAACAAACAAGCAUGGUGAAUUUGUCGUGCAGUGACAUUUAUUGAGCAAACUAUGAAACCAUUCCAUGGCAUGCAAACAGCUCAAAUUUUAAAUGAAAGCCUGUGCGCCCUUCUUCUGGAGGGGGCCCCGUGUUAAGGUGGGGAAUCAAGGACAUGCACAUAAAGUCCUCACCAAUUACAGUCAGUGUCCAAUUUUUUGGACUUCUGAAGGUGUUGCAAGGAACCGGGCACACCACUCUCUGAAUGGUAGAAACGCUGGAAAAGAGGUUUAUGUUUGAGUUUUCGCGUGACAGAAUUAUGUUUUCUGGUAUAUUCAAAUUACAAUCCCACGCUAUCAUGUCUGUAGGUUGUGUGUAAGUCGUGACAGAAUUAUGUUUUCUGGUAGAUUCAAAUUACAAUCCCAUGCUAUCAUGUCUGUAGGUUGUGUGUAAGUCGUACUUCAUGAUUUUUCUGACGUAUUUUACUUUGAGAAAUUCAAUUAGUUCAAUAACUUCUUUGCGCUAGACGAAGGUUCGGCGUGGUUGGGCAUGCGUGGUUUGGAAUGAUGUUUGCCGAAACGACUCUCGAUGCAGGAUGCCGACGCUGGAUUUUCUGUGAUGCGGGGCCCUAAUGCUAUCGCUUUAAAAUUGCUUGCGCAUUAGACUCACGCAUGACCCUAAAUGUAUGUUACCAUAUCACUAUCGGCAUUUCAAAAUGGCCGCCUCGUAUGCGCUUCGAGCCUAGCUGUCAUAGCUUUCUCCACUGCUGUAGUAUGUGUGCUUAGGUUAAUCUGGAGUGUACUAGACAAGGGUUGAAUUGGCCAAACGGCACUCUCGUGCUGAGGCGCCGUAUGUGGAAAAAUUGUGUGAGGGCACUGCAAGCGAACUGGAUUGCAGCAGAGACGUGCUUUGCAGCAUGUUCAACUUAAUUUCGCUGCGGGUAAUGAGAUCGAUUGUGCGCAUUCGCUCUUACAGUUGUGCUUUAUUUCAACUGAAAAUUUAUAUUGACACAUUCUUGCUAUGUAUACAAAUUUGAGGCAUGGGUUACAAAACACGUCUUCCAAUUUUGCUGUCAUUGCCAAGCACGUCGUCUGCUAGCGAGGGUGCGUUUGUUGCGUGGACGCUGGCAGACACCCACUCUUUCUCACAGAAAAUCUGUGCAGUAAAACUUUCUUAUGGUUUUACUUACUUUGACGCACCCACGACUCUUGUCGGCCGGUAUCAAUUCUAGUUUUAGCCAGGUGAACUGCUAUCUUUAGCACUGUUUUCUAAAAGUGACACGUAAUUUUUGCCACAGAAGCUGCCUAUUUGCAACAUGAAGCUGCUCAAGAAAAUUUGAAUUAUAUUGUAUCAUUUUAUGCACCCUUCUUGUUGGUUGAAUAUUGAUCAGGGACAAUGAUCAAAUAAAACAAUAUUAUAGUGAAGUAAACCAGGUUUAUUAACUGCAUGGCACAAAGCGAUGCAGAUGACCAAUGCACUUCUAGGUAAAUCUAAGGGUACAUAGACAUAUGUAUCCACGUUAUAUAUGUAAGAGAAAAAUUUCCAAAUAUUCUAAAUGCACUGAUUGAAAAAGUUAAAACAUCCGACCGGAAUUAGCGUGUUUCUUUUAAAAGCUGCACCAGCCCCAGAUGAAGCAAUCAACUUUCAGAAAAAAAAAGGAAUCAAGGCAAUCAUCAGAUGUUCGUAUGAACAGUGUUAGGCAAAAGAUAUUACCUACAUACUCAGACUGAAUCGGGUAGACCGGGAAGUCUUUACCAAUGUAAAAUCUGUGGCUUGUCUGGUGAUCUCGUUCAACGUGUCAAUGGGUGAAAUGAAGUACAAACAUAUAGAAUUAUAGAAUGGUAUUUGCUAUUCAGAAUUCAUUAUCAAAUAUUCAGAGCCAUUCCACUCUGUGAAGGUGGGAUGAUCAGCAAAGCUGUAUAUUAAGAAAAUAAAACAAAAAACAAUAUACAUUUAAACUAUGAUACAACGAAGUAAGUAAAAUCAGCAAUUUGCUUCGUUAUAUUGAAAUGUCGUUGUAAUGAAAUUCAACCUUUUAUAAAAAUAAGUUGCCAAUCAAUUUUUCUUAUAGAGAAAGGGACCGCAGAAUUUUCCAAAUUAUUGGGCAAUCAAAAAAAGCUAAUUUGAAUGAGAAAACUAUUCAUUUUGAUGAAUUUAGGAGUUGGUGACGAAUGAUAUGGUUUAAUGCCACAUCGACGAUAUCUUUACAUUGGCGGUACGAAUUAAAAGAAGCCAGCCACGCUUUUGCAUGCGCUCCGCCCCCAUGGCUUAUAGCGUUACCCGCACCGAGACGACGCUAGCAUGAAAAGCGCCGGCAACAGGUAGUGAAGGCUUUGUUUGCCUCUCACUCCAACAGGUCGCAGAAACUCGAGAUUACGCAACCUCCUCUACUAAACGUGUGUUGAGGUACAUGAUGCCAUGCAGUCUUUGCCCGCCCACUCUUUGCACACACGGCAGAUUACCUCUAAAGCAGGGUGCGCGGAUGCAUAUGCGAUCAGCCGUGGUUACUACCAUGCGCAGCGAGGGCCGAAACGCAUGUCAGAAAUCACGAUACACACCAACUUACCCUUGCCCCCUCAUGCGCACUUAAUCGCGUUACUGCAAGGUUGCUUCCCUCCCCCUCUUUCCCAUAGCUUGCGCAGGAAGGCGGCACUCAUGCCUGAAGCCACCAUAUUUCUUCUCUCGCCCUCGCACACCUUCACUUGCACCUAAAGCACAAUGUGUCGCACUUCGACUUUAUACGGAACAUGACGCAGCUCCACUUCGGUGUUCGCUCUUGUUGCGCUUCGCGUAAUUUGAGGGGUGUGUUUGCAAGCAGCCGCUUGUAAUUCAACCAUUUGACCAUCUGCAUCCACGAAAGUUUUCUUUUAUUGUCUUGGCAUUCCUUGGCGGCGGAAGCAAAAUUUUGUUAUAUUGAAAGGCAUACAAACACACAUUGUUAAAUU